AUGGGCGUCGAACGAUUUAUUCACAUGUCUGCUCUUGGUGCAACAGAAAAUCCACCGAAAGGACACUACGUGAAGCAGUCGAACUUUCUUCGCAGCAAGGCUCUGGGCGAGCUGGCUGUUAGAGACGAAUUUCCUUCUGCCACUAUCGUUCGCCCCUCCCUAAUAUAUGGAGAGCUUGAUGGCUUUAUUGCGUAUUAUGUUAGCAGAUACAGGAAGACUCCACUGGAUUUGGUAUAUUUGUAUAAAAAAGGAGAGCAUACGUACAAAAUGCCAAUCUGGGGAGGGGAUGUUGCAGCAGGGCUUGCUGCUAUUGUGAGAGAUCCAACCUCAGCAGGACAAAUAUACGAAUUCGUCGGCCCUCACUGCUACCAGCUGAGCGAGUUGAUGGAUUUCAUGUAUAGAAAGGCUCACUGCAUCAGCGAAUUU